CACAAUUCUUGGUCCAAUGGUAUUGUGAGGCGAUUUCGAUUUAGAAAAAAUUAGGUAAAAUAAGAAUUUCAAAAUAUUUACAAAUUAAUUUCUUGUAUCUGUGACCGUCUAGUUAAAAUGCCUAUUUUAAUAAAAAUGGCUGGUGAGCUGAUGAACGAAUGGGCAAUAGUGGAAUUGCAAGGAGACAUUAAAUCACAUUCGGAAUCUUCUUUGGAAGGUCAAUUUUUGGGACACUUACAUUAUACGAAACAAGGUAUUCCCACACUAAUAAUCGGACAUCAUUUACUUUAUGGCAAGGAAGUAAAAUUGGAAAAGCCAUUUGCCCUAUUAGAGAAACAAAGAUCCGAAGAUAACUCCGAGUACAUCAUCAAAUCGAUUAUAAGACGAAAACUUCUAUUCAAAACGAGACCAAAACCGAUUGUAGGAACGUAAACUUAUUUCCAUAACAAUUUAUUUAAUAAAAAUAUAAAAUAAA